AUGGCCGCGGAGGCUCUCUCCACGUGGCCCGGCAACGGCAGUCGGGCUCCUUGUCCCGUGGAUUCCGCCUUCGCCCAGCGCUUCCUGCCCGCCGUGUACCUGACCGUGAUCCCCCUGGGGCUGCUGGGGAACGGGCUGGGGCUGUGGCACCUCUGCACGGGGCCCCGCGACGCUGCCCGCCAGUCCCUCAGCCUGCUGGUGGGCAACCUGGGGCUGGCUGACCUGCUCUACGUCAGCACGCUGCCCUUCCUCGUCAGCUACUACCUGCGAGGCAGAGUGUGGCUCUUCGGGCAGGCCUGGUGCCGCCUCACCCGCAGCCUCUUCCACCUCAACCUCUACGCCAGCAUCGGCUUCCUCACCUGCAUCAGCAUCCACCGCUACCUGGGCAUCGUGCACCCGCUGAGGGCGCGGGGCAGGUGCCAGGGCGCGGCCGCUUCCGUGUGGCUCAGCGUGGCGGUCUGGGCGUGGGUCCUUGCACAGAUAGCUCCCGAUCUCGCCUUCAGCAAGACGAAUGACGCGGGGACGAGCUGCCAUGACACGACAGGACACGAGCGCCUGGGCGUUUACCUGCCCUACACCUUUGCUGUCACCGUGACUGGGUUUGUCGUCCCCUUCCUCAUCAUCAUCGGGUGUUACUGCCACGUGGUGGUAGUGCUCUGCAAGAACGACAGCGUGGAGCUCAGCCUCAGGAGGAGAAGCAUCGGGCUGGUGAUUCUCGUGAUGGUUCUCUUUUCCAUCUGCUUCCUCCCCUACCACGUCUUCAGAAACCUCAACUUGUUUUUUCGCUGGCAACCCCGAGGGUCGUGCACACAGGCUUCAAAGGAUGUCUACGUUUCCUACCAGGUGACUCGGGGCCUGGCCAGCCUCAACAGUGCCCUCAACCCCCUGCUCUAUGUGAUUACCAGCAAAGACUGGAGGUCACGGGUGAGGAGCAUCCGCCAAAGCGCCAGGUGGUGUCUGAGGCCACCCAUCCAGCAGAAAACCUCCUGCCAAGAAACUGAGGAGAGGAACAUCAGCCUUUGUACGGGGAAGGCUUCUAAUGAGCUCUGACGUACCUGACACCCCCACUUCUGCCGCAUCAGCUUGUGCUUGGCCCUGCCCUGGGGGGAGCCCCCCACCUUGGCACCUGCUUUGCAGAGAUGGUGACAGAGAUGGAGACCGUUUUGCCUACAGCACGCCUGGAGAUAGGAAGAGAUGAUCACGU